GAGCAUGGACAAACCAUCUUGGUCUGUACUUUGGUCACGUCCUUCCAGCACCAUUUUUUGAUUAGAAAAUUGUCUUGUUGUUGACAAUUUUUAUUUGUAUGGGCAUACCAUCUUGGUCUGUACUGUGGUCACGUUCUUCCAGUUCCAUUUUUUGAUUAGUGAUGGCAGGGAAGAUGUCGCGUCGUCGCGUGAAACUCUAUGUUCUCAAUUCUGAGCAUCAGUGGGACGACCGAGGCACUGGACAUGUCUCAGCAACAUUUGUUUAUCAUCUCAAAGGCAUCUGUCUUCUGGUGCUAGCUGAGGCGGACGGUGCCCCACUCCUGGAGUGCAAAAUACAGGCAGACACAGCCUACCAGAAGCAGCAGGGCACGCUCAUUGUGUGGUGUGAGCAGGACACAUACGACCUUGCCCUCAGCUUCCAAGAGAAGGCUGGCUGUGAUGAGAUAUGGGAGAAAAUCUGUCAGGUUCAAGGCAAGGACCCAAGUGUGGAGAUCACUCAAGCGGUUGACGAAGAAAGCGAGGAGGAACGAUUCGAAGAAGCCAACGACUCUAACGUUUAUGUAGAGUUACCACCGUGCGAGAUCGGCAAACUCGAGCAGAUCAGCGAGUUGCUGUCGGGGUCGCUUCAGAAUGUCAACAAACGAGACAAAAUAGCGAACAGCAUCGAGAAAGAGUGCUAUAUCAAGAAGCUCAUUGACCUCUUCAGACUCUGUGAAAACGUCGAGAAUUUCAAGUGUUUACACAUUUUGUAUGAAAUUUUCAAGAAUAUAUUCCUGCUUAAUAAAAGUUCUUUAUUAGAAGCACUUGUUUCCGACGAGCAUAUUUUUGAUGUAAUUGGUGCCCUUGAAUACGAUCCCUCGAACCCCACGCCCAAGAAACACAGGGACUUCCUUAAGUCCAUGACCACCUUCGAGGAGGUCAUCCCAGUAGAGAACAGUGAACUGCUGAACAAAAUCCAUCUAAUGUACCGAGUUCAAUACAUCCGAGACGUGGCUUUACCAAAUCAAACGGUGUUCGAUAAGAACCUGCCAUCCACGCUCACCUCCUUUAUAUUCUCCAACAAAGUCGAGAUAGUUUGUCUUAUGCAGGUUGACAAAAGGUUUCUGAGCGAAUUGUUCCUGCAGCUGAGUUCUGAAGACGUUCCUGUACAGAAGAGAAGAGAUCUCAUCCUAUUCUUGAAGGAGUACUGUAUGUUCUCCCAGACGCUGCAGCCACCUAGCAGAGAGUCGUUCUACAAGACUCUGAACACAUUCGGCGUUCUGGGCGCCUUGGAAUGCACCCUAGCCAUCGACGACGCUGUAGUGAAGGCGGCGAGUGUGGAAGUUUUGGGUUUCGUUGUGAAGUUUUCACCGUCAAUGGUGCGGGACUACAUGAUCCAGCAGCAGCACAACAAGUUGGAUGAGGAACACUACCUGCUGAACAUCAUGGUGGAGCAGAUGGUGGUCGACUGUGACCCCGAGAUGGGAGGUGCCGUGCAGCUCAUGGGCAUCCUCAGGAUCCUCAUAGACCCUGAGAACAUGUUGGCCACCAACAACAAGGCGGAGAGAGUCUACUUCCUCACCUUCUUCUACAAACACUCCAUACAUUACCUCAUAGCUCCGCUUCUGAGUAAUACGGUGGGCGAUGUCGUGGUGCGGGAAGACUACAAGACGGCAAAGCUCGCCGCUCUCAUCCUAGAGCUGCUCUCCUUCUGUGUCGAGCAUCACUCCUUUCAUAUCAAGAACUACCUCAUACACAGAGAACUCUUGAAACGCGUCUUGGUUCUUGUUAAAUCCAAACACAAAUUCCUUGUUCAAUGUGCGAUUCGGUUUAUCAGAAAGAUAGUGGGCAUGAAGGACGAGUUCUACAACCGGCACAUUAUUGCUAACAAUAUUUUUGCUCCAUUGAUCAACGCUUACACCCGCAACGACGCUCGUUAUAAUCUCCUCGACUCUGCCAUCCUCGAGCUCUUCGAGUUCAUCAAGUCGACUGUGCCUAUGGCUGAGUUAGUGGAUAUCAAUACAGCUACAGUGAAGGAUCUUGAGACACUUAAAGGAGUUGGACGUAUCAGAGCUGAGAAUAUAGUUGAGAUGAGGAGGUGGAAAGGUUCAUUCAAUAGCUUGGAAGAACUUCUCGAUGUACCUGGGAUCGGUCGCAAUGUGUUGCAUCAAAACAAGUGGGUUCUUGUUUGUGAAGUUCCAGUGCAGAAGUUGAAGACUUCACCUGACGAUUCCAGCCGGUCAAGUAGCCGUGCCUGCCUAAGUAGCACACCUCACAAAUCUCUGCGCUCGCCUCCAUGUUGCAUGCAUGAGUGGAAAGACCCUGCAUCGCUGGGAUCUUCAGCUAAUAUGCAGCGACACGCUGAUGACCCUUCCUUGGGUCUCCCACUCAAUCCAAGCUCAGUUCCAGCUGACACUACUGGCCCAGCAAUUGCUAAUUCAAAAUCCGAAGCAAGGCAACUCUCCGGUGCAUCCAAAAAGGAAAAGAAAACAAUGACCACUAAAUUUGGUUCGGCAAGAUCUGCUGUUUCUGUUUCUAGCAAUAUAUUGUCUGAGUCUGCUGUUGGUGCCAAACUAGACGCAGGUAACAAGAAGAUGAUUAGUGAUCCCUCUACAAGGUUAUCACAGUGCCAUGGUUUGUCAUCACUGGAAAUUUCAGAGGGGAAUAAUUUGCCCCCAUGUUCAUCAAGCAAGUUAUUUAUCAACAAAGUGCGUUUAACUACAUCAAAAAAGAGGACUGGCUCAGAAGUUUUCCCCACCUCAGUUAUCAAGAAAGCUCGUAUCUCGGAAUAUGGCUAUUUGCCAGAGCUACUUACAUAUAACAAUGCGGCCAGGACUAAGUCAGCUCAGCAUAUCGCGCCGUCAUCUAAGACUGCAGCCAGGGCUGACCCUGCUCAGCAUAGCCCAAAUCAUUGCAAGGGACCUGCAGGCUCGUCUUCUAGUCUUUCAAACCAACUGGACUCUUCUCGUAGAGAAAUUCAUCUCAAACCUUCUCCCAUACCAAACUCCUCUUCCAAUGCUGCCGAGAAACUUUCUGUUGCUUCGAAUGAGGAUUUCCCUGCUGCAACUGCUGAUAGUCCUAUCCUUUCCACUGCUGCUAGUUCUCUCUUUCCAUCUGAUGCUAGUGCUACCCUUUCUACUGAUGCUAGUGCUACCCUCUCUACUGAUGCUAUUGCUACCCUUUCUACUGAUGCUUGUGCUACCCUUUCUACUGAUUCUAGUGCUACCUUUUCUACUGAUGCUAGCGCUACUUUUUCUACUGAUGCUAGAGCUAUCCUCCCUACUCAUGCUAGUGCUGCCCGUCCCACUGCAAGAAUUGCUCUUCCCAUUGCUGCUAGUGCUGCCCUCACUGAUGCUAGUGCUGUCCUCACUGAUGCUUGUCCUACCCUUCCCACUGCGAGUAUCGCUCUUCCCAUUGCUGCUAGUGCGGCCGUUACCACAGAUGCUAGUGAUGCUCUUCUCACUUAUUCUAGUCUCAUUGUAACGGAUGCUAGUCCCAACAUUACUGCUGCUACUGCAAGUUCAGCCACCAGCCAGCCAACGUGCUGUUGCACCGAUGACACCAUUUAUAUUAAGGAAGAAUUGGCAGACGAUGGAAUCAAAGAAGAGCCCAAUGUUGAAGGUGACGAAGCUGCUGCUUCUGUUCUUCCGACUAAGCCUUGUCAUCAUGACGACAAAGCAGAGCUCUUGGAUACAAGUAUCGAUAUUAAAUUGGAAGAUAUUACAAAUAGUCCUGAGAACUAUGUUCUAUGCAAUACGCGCCAUUUCUCGGCAAAUGACGGUCAUGAAUCUGGUGGAGCUGUCGACGCCGUUCCUGUUGUCCGGCGUUACCGUGGCAUCGCUCGGGCGUCCAAGAAGCUUGACUUGGAACAGAGCACCAACGCGGAUGAGGAUAAGAAAGCUAAUGACCUACUCGAAGCUUUGAAAAGAAUUUUUUCGUAG